AUGAAAAUUUUGAUAUUUUUCUUUUUCUUAAAAUUCAAUGUUGUUUUCCCCGAAAACAUAUUUUUUCAAUCCAAAUGUAAUUCGAAAUGCAUUUUUGAUUUGGAUCGUUUGGAUUCGGAAAAUUCCAAAAAUUUCCCAUCGAACUGUUCAACUAUUUGUGCAUAUCUUAUAAUAGAUGGAAACUCGAAUUUGUCUGAAAAAGAGCUGAAAAUAAUUUUCCAAAAUGUCAAAAUUCUAUACGGAUCUUUGAAAGUUUAUGAAACCAAUUUAAAAGAUCUCAAAUUUUUUGCUGGAAUGCAAAAAAUUGAAUGCGAAUUCAGUACGCCUAUAGCUAUUGAAAGAAAUAAAGAAAUAAUUGAAAUUGGAAUGACCAAUCUAACGGACACAAAUUGUGGGAUAAGAAUUUAUGAUUGUGAAAAACUGGAAACUUUGAACAUCCCAAAUUUGAAAAAUUUCUACAUUACCCAUCCGCUGUCCAUAUUACCAAAUGUUACAGUAACUUUGGUAUCACAAAGUUUUUGUGUAACUGUACAAGAAAUGUCCAAUUUUAUAAGCAGCGAUUAUUAUGAAAUUGGAAGAUUCAUCGAAAAUUUUUGCCCAAUUUCGGAUAAUCUGUAUUUAGAAAAUCAGAAAGUUUGUGAAAUACAAAAUUUCUCAGUAUCGAAUUUUGAUACAUCCUGUUCAAGAAUUAUUGGAGAUGUUAAAGUCAAAAACGGAGAUGAGCCAUAUGUUUAUAAAUUGAGAAAUUUUUCAUGGAUUUAUGGAAGUAUUUCUAUAGCUCACACAAAUUUGGAAGUUAUCGAUUUUUUCGAUAAUUUAGAAUAUGUAGUUCGUUCACCUAACAAUAUAGAGAUUACCGUUGAGUUUAACAAAAAUUUAGUCAGUGCUGAAUUUCCAAGUUUGAAAAAAGCCGGAAAGAUCUAUUUCUUGGAUAAUGAAAAUUUCGUUAUCGACCCAAAUCUUUGUUUUGGAGUCAUGAAUGGAUUGAAUAUUACAAAAGUAAGAGGUAUACGUUUUGAAGAUGAUAAUUGUGAAGUUGACACAUUUGUAGUUAUUAAAAAAAAUGAAGAAAUGACUGAAAUUGGAAUGACCAACUUUACGGAUACAAAUUGUGGAAUAGGAAUUGAACGUUGUGAAAAACUGGAAAAUUUGAACAUGCCAAACUUAAAAAAUUUCUACAUUUCUGAUACACAAUCCGAAUUACCAAAUAUCAAUAUAAGUGUCAUGCCAUUACAAAAUUUUUGUGUAACUGUACAAGAAAUGUCCAAUUUUAUGAGCAGCGAUUACUGUAAAGUUGGAGUUUUAAUUGAAAAAAUUUGUCCGAUUACGGAUGAUGUGUAUAUAGAAAAUCAGAAAGUUUGUGAAAUUCAAAACUUCUCAAUGUCAAACUUCGAUCCGUCUUGUUCAAGAAUUAUCGGAAAUAUUAAAGUCAAAAAUGGAGAUGAGGAAUAUGUUUAUAAAUUGAGAAAUGUGUCAUGGAUUUUCGGAAGUAUUUUCAUAGCUCACACAAAUUUGGAAGUUAUCGAUUUUUUCGAUAAUUUGGAAUAUGUGGUUUUUUCUGAUGGUUCUACUGGCAUUACUGUUCAGUAUAACAAAAACUUAAUCAGUGGCGAAUUUCCGAAAUUGAAGAAAUCCCUAGAUAUCCAUUUUUCUAAUAACGAAAACUUUGUUUUCGAUGAAACUCUUUGUUUUGGAAUCACGAAUGGAUUGAAUGUUACAGAAAUAAGAGGGAUAUUUUUCAACGGCGAGAACUGUUAUACUAUUGUUCAAAAAAUGUUGGAAGGCAAUACGGGACCCAAACUGUUCGAUAUAUUCUCAAUUCUUGUUUUUAAUGACUUUCCAACAACUGCCAAGUUCGAUAUGACUUAUAUGUGUGUCCCCGCAGAAGCUCCGCCUCGCCACCGUAUCACCCUUGUAGAACGGGACACAGUCCACGUCCCAUAA